AGAGACUAAUAUUGUGGUGUGGGUGUGAGGACUCUGGACACGCAUCAAAUGGCGUAGCUUAUCCAAAAAAUCUAGUUCCAUUCCUCUUUCUUCACUCCCCCAAACAACGUCAAAAUUCACAAAACAAAAAAAUGGCACUUCUCUCCUUCAAUUCCAUCACACUCCCACCUUCUUCCUCCAUUUUCGCACUUCCCACCUCCUCUGCUUCAAGACUAUACCUCGCUGUGCCCCUGAAGCCCUUCAACGGACUUCGAAUCACGACACCCUUUUUCGUGAAAAGGAAGAAAAAAGCGGCCUUUGUUGGAGCCGCCAGCGAUGAUUCCGGCGGUGCGGGUUCACCGGAGGUAGGUGGGUCGGAGCCAAUUCCUCCGGCGGAGAGCGAGAAAGAGGGGGGUGGUAGUGUGCCGGUUGAGAAGCUUCCUUUGGAGUCAAAACUGAAGGAGAGGGAAGAGCAGAGGCUGAGGAUGAAGCUAGCGAAGAAGAUAAGGUUGCGGAGGAAAAGGCUUCUUCGGAAACGGAGGUUGAGGAAGAAGGGUAGAUGGCCACCUUCAAAGAUGAAGAAGUUGAAGAAUGUAUGAUGAUCACAGUUUUAAUGUUCUUUUUGCAGGUUUAAAAUGUUGAUUCUACUUUUAUUUUCAUUGUUAUAUGUUGUUUUUACGUCCACAGUGUAUUAUGUAAUUGGACAAUUUUGUCAACUUCAAUCAAGGAUGCUUGGUUUCCUUCAUGUAACUGUCCCCAAUUUGGUUCUCAUGUUGCAUUAGGGUUUUAAUUUGAAAUUCACGUGUCGUCAUAUAGAUGAAAUGGCUAUUGCGUUUGGAUAUUCAGGUUAGAAUGGGAUAGGACAUGAUAAACGGGUUCUGUUCUAUGUUUCUUCUAUUUUUAGAAUAGAUGAGAAUGGAACCUUUUUUAUUGGUCCAAUGUCAAAUGCACCUCAGUUAAUCGCAUUUUGCAGUGUUUAGAAAGCUUGGCAAUGUGUUGUCCACGUUAUUUGCUGGUUAAGCAAUGAAAAAAGGGUAAGGAGCAAAUUUUAUCAUUUAGUGCAGAAGAAAGUUGAGGAAUGUAAUGAGUCGUGUCUUCUAAUGCCAGUGUGGAUAAUUAACUCGGUAUCUUGUUUUUGCCAUGUAAUUAUCCAUGUUUUCUUUACCCAAAUUUUGGAUUGAAUUUAAGCAGAGCCGAAUUCUGGUUAACUCAUUUUGAUUAGGCAAAUCCUUUUCAUUUGGGCCGAUGGACAAGUAUAAUGUUAUGGUGGCAUUUUGACCUCUUCAUUCUUGGCUGGCAGAUAUAGCUCGAUCACACAAAGCGAUUCGAAAAGUUUAUGUUUUUCUUGUUGUGGGUCAACUGAAAGAUUAUGUUUAUGGUUCAAAGUUUUGCAGUUACCAAACGGUAGAAAGAAGUAUCAUGUGGCAGAGCCUCCCAGAACGAAGAACAUACAGUUGGUUUUUGCUUUUGUUAAUCCUCCAAAUUCAUGGCUUUGUUCACGGUCAAAUGCCUGAUUACAGCAUCUAAUAGUACUCCAAACAUCAACUUACGGUCUAAGUUUUCGAUAUAUCAUUGCCACUAUUUUAUGAGAGAGAGGAGAUGUGACGUGAUUGAAAAAAGAAAGCGAUAAAAGGUGAAAAAUGGAUGCAAAAAUUAUAAAAAAGUAUGUUAUGUGCAGUUCCUUUGGUUCUAAUAUUGAAAGAGGGGUUUGAUUAGGAAUACACGCCGCCAUAACUUUUAUAGGUGUAUUGUUCUAUAUUAUUUGGAUUUCUCAAUUGAUCCCAUUUU